CGACCGGUUUUCCAGUCGGGUUUUCGGGUUGUUGACUGGGCAGAGGACCCAGCAGCUCUGCCACAGUUUGUUUAUUCCUCUCACUCGGGGGAAGAAGAAUAAAUAUUUUUUUUUGUUGAGAAAAUCCCGCAUUCCGGUCGGAAAAUGUAGCGGGCGUAGAAGUGGAAGAAUACUAGUGUAGAGUGCCGAUCAGGAAGACGAAGUCCGGGCCGACAGUGAUGAUCAACAGUGGGAAACGGACUUAAAAAGUUUUCUGGAUUAUAAACUCGACUGAUUUCUUCACCGAGAUGAGCAUUGAAGAUGCCACUCGUACGGUGUGAUCGUCCAAAUCCAUCUCAUGUCUGAGGAUGGAGGAUAAGAAGGGAGGUGGGAGAGUAUCGCAGAUUGCUAACAUCUUUCAGCAAGGAAUGGGGCCGGGACGUUGCGAAGAGGGGCCCACGCAGGUCGAGACAAACCCCGGCGGCACCCCCAUAUCGCCCACAGUCACCGUGGUACGGACCGAAAGCCAUCUUGCCCGGUUCAACAACGCCAGGGCUCUUUUUGAAAAAUUAGGCUCAUUAAGUGGGCCUGAAGAACCACCCCCUAAACCAAAGAAAUUAAUCACCGAGCCUGUUCCAAGAGAGACUCAGAAUGUACUGAGACAGGUAAACGGGAGUGCGACUCCGUCUAUAAAUUCGCACCAUGCCAGAAUCGGCAUAAUCAAUGGCAUCAGUGAGAAGCCGGCAAAGCCCGAGAAGCCAGAGAGGAAACUCAACAGCAGAGAGUUGAUUGAGAAGCAGAAAAAUUGGACGUCCCAUUUUUCCAAAAACCGAGUCUCGACUACAAGAGAAAAAGUGUCGCCUAGUCCAGAAAGGACUCUAAGUCCAGAAUUAGAUUCAAGUCCAGUAGCAUUUAAACUUAGAGAUAAGUCUCCGACUGUCGCCGUCAGGAGGUCUCCUGUGUCUUCCCCCCUUAAGGAAAAUUUGCCUACUACGCCUCAACCUUAUUUUGUGAGAAAAAGAGAGGAAAAUCAUGUAGAAGAAGAAAAACCCGUUCCACGGGAAAGGAUUUAUGUCGUCCCGAGAAAACCUGUAAUAGAAGAUAAGAAAACGGAAGAAAAACCUUUGGACAGGGAUGACAGGGUUUCCGAGAAGCCGAUUUUCCAGGCUCAGACGUCACCCUCCGAAGAGGCGGAAAGGUCCGAGGAGGAAGUGCGCGUCCGGUUCAACCUCGGUGAAGCCGUCGAUAUUAAAGUAGAGAGGACGAUGUGCUCCAGUUCGUUGAGCGAAGAAGAUUCGGGCUUCGCCAGCUCGGAAACGGCACCGCAUCGCGAUUACGAGAGUGAGAUCUCUGACAGCGUCGGCCUGCUGACUGACUCUUGCGGGUUGACGGACUCGCGCGAACUACUCUCAGCCGGGCACACACCGCAGGACGAUGCUAACGCUGGUAUCCUAGACGGCGGACUGCUCGACGUACAGAAUAUCCAAUAUGCUGAUGAAGAAACGUCAGAAGAUAAAAACGUAGACACCUCUCUGAUGACUUUAGCAGAAGCUGAUCAACUCUUGAGCUCAAGGAUAGUUGAAAAUAGAGUUGGAACUGUAGAAACUCUGCUGUCUGAUGAAGAGGCCCAAGAGGUUGUUAAGCUUCUAUCGCCGCCUCAAGAAGAAGAAUCACCAUCACCGAGCGACCACCAGCAGAUGGACACGAGCAGCGAGACGAUAGGAGUCGCUGACGAUGAACCUGAAUGGCUGCGAGACGUCCUUCAAGCGUCUCAGACAAGCCUCCUGAGCGCCGUCGAGUGCUCGGUGGACACGUUGGAGGAAUGCACGAGCCAGCUGAGCGCAUCUUUGGACGAUCUCGAGCCUAGCAGGACAGAGUGCGAGAUCGAAGGUGUUGAACUGACACCGAUGCCGCACGCCAUCAUUGUGAGCCCGGUGCAGUCAUCACAGGCACAGGAAACCGAACAGUCGCCGCUCUGCAACCCGGCGCCUUUCAAGGAAGUCGGGGAAGAAGGCGGAGUACAUUAUCUCGAAGAUGGCCACUACUGGCUGGAAAUUGCCGGCCUAGACGAAAACGAUCUCGACGCUGACGUGCCCUGCCCUGUCAAACCCAAUAGGAAAGUGCAGUUCAGCCAGAAACCAAUUAAAGUUUUUUCAACCUUUUCUGUCAAUGAGUAUGACAGGCGAAAUGAGGAUGUGGACCCCGUAGCCGCAUCGGCCGAGUAUGAGUUGGAGAAGAGGGUCGAGAAGCUGACCGUGUUCCCCGUCGACCUGAUAAAAGGCCCCGACGGCCUCGGCCUCUCAAUAAUCGGCAUGGGAGUCGGCGCGGACGCCGGCCUCGAAAAGCUAGGCAUAUUUGUCAAGACGAUAACCGACCGAGGAGCGGCCGCGACCGACGGCCGUAUCCAGGUCAACGACCAGAUCAUCGAAGUCGACGGGAAAUCUCUCGUCGGCGUCACUCAAGCCUACGCCGCUUCGGUCCUGCGAAACACGUGCGGCCGCGUACGCUUUCUCAUCGGGAGAGAGCAGGACCCCGAAAAUUCCGAAGUCGCCCAUCUCAUACGUCAAUCACUUCAGGCUGAUAAAGAAAGAGAAGAACAGAGAAGGGCGCAACAAGAAAGAAGAUACAGCGAAGACAGUCAAAGCACGACUUCCGAAGACAAUAACGCCACACUAUCUUCAUUACUACUAGAAAGAGAGCCGCAAGUUCAGAACCAAGCGAAACAAACCAUGACCGAUACCGAGGUGUCGAGGUUAAAAGCCCGGCUUGAAGAACUUGAAAAAGGUGCAAGGGAAGAUCUCGGUGAAAGGCUAAGGGAAACGACUCUGAAGCUGAGAGAGGUCGAAAGGAACCUGGCUGCGGUCAAAAAGGACAACGCGAGCUAUCAGGACAUGCUACACCAAACUCAAGAGCAGUACAUUGCGUUAGAAAAGAAAUAUACAAAGACAAAAAGGCUAGUGAAAGAGUUCCACCAAAGGGAAGCAGAACUUCUCCACAGGGAAGAGUUCUACCUGCAGAUGCUUGAGGAAAAAGACACGGAGUACAACGCCCUCGUCAAAGCCCUUAAAGACAGAAUAAUCCAAGUCGAAGAAGAACUCCUUGAGACGCAGAAGCGCGCCGGCUUGCCGGUCCACCUGCCGCACUCAGAAGGCCCAUAUAUGCGGCUUAGCACGCCGCCGAUGUCGCGCCGGCCGACGGCUGUCAAGCCACUCCUCGAGACCCUCGGCGCAGAGCUGUCGGAAGCGGAGGACAGCCCGGAAGAAGGAGAAAAGACCGCCACCGUAGAACGCAAGGUCUGCAGCACGGGGAACGGCGGAGCGAAAGAUGAGCUGGAUGAUGCCGUCCCGCCUCACGCCCUGCUCGACGUUUCAGUGUCGAGGUCGAAGGCCGAGCUGGCGACGAGGGGCGGACUUGCCAACCGCCACCUGCCCACCUCAGCCAAGAAGCAACAGCUGUCAAACAGCAGUUCGGAUUACGGUUUGACGACAGACGAAAGUACGGAAAGUUCUGAUGUCGAGGAGAAUGACAGAUACGGAAGCCGGGAACAGGCUAGCCCCGAUCCUUGGAACAAUGGCAACAACAACCCUCCUACAAGUCUAGCCCAUAGAAGUGGUGUAGCGAAUUCUCUGGCGGAACAGUUGAAACAAGUCCUCGCGGAGAGGGAAAGGCGGAUGUCCUCGGGAAGCGGUAACAACGAGGCGCCGCAAGUCUCCUCCAAUGUACCGCCAUCCCUUGUUGAAGAAAUACGCCAAGCCGUCAAUCAGGCUAAUCUGAAAGUUAAAAGAGGUCCGAUUAAUUGGCCACAAGGAUCACCCUCUUCAUCCGGUAGUGUUUCGCCAGGUGUAAUGACUGCAGAUCCGAGCCCUUCAAAGAUCGGCUCGACCGAUUCGAGUGAUAUUUGGAUCCCAAAUGAAGAGAGAAAGGUGCAGAUCUGGCAUUCCACGCCGAUCCCCGAGUGGAAUAAAGACCAGGUCGGGCAAUGGCUGAAGGGAAUAGGAUUCGAGUCGUUCGUGCCAAACUUCCUCGAGUUGAAUAUGACCGGGAGCAGUCUGCUCACGCUUGAAUCGCGCCACCUCAAGAGCAUGGGGCUGAGCGGCGAGGUCAAAUCGAGGAUGAAGCGCAAGCUCAAGGAGCUGCGAGCGCAGGCUGAAAAGGAGCAGAGGCAGCGCGAGAAACAGCGCAAAGAGAAGGAACGCCUUUUGAAAAAGGCGGAGAAACUCGCGGAAAAAGCAAGCAGACGGAAGUGAAACGCUAGAACAAUUUGAUUUUUUUCGGACGUCAUCAGACAGGAUAUUUGUUUGGUUUCACCCACGACUCACACCCAGCAACAUAAAACGGACGCCUUGUACCCCGUUAUCAUACUUUUCUUUUUGUUUUGUCCUCAAAAUAAAAAAGAAAAUGUAUUUAAAAAAAUUUUUUUAAUGAAAUGAUAGUAGAUGCAUUUUUCAACAGUUUUAACUUGGAUUUUAAUAAAUAUAUUAUAUAUUAUUUUCA